CCCAUGGUGCCCGCGGUGGUCCUCUCCGGGGAUGGCAGAAUGAGAGGGGUGCUGCUGGUGCUGCUCUGCGUGGCCCAAUCUUCUGCCGGUUGCGGCCUCCAGAAGUUCCCACUUAAGGACCGUUCGGAGGAGAACCUGGUCAUCAGCACGCAGUUCCCCUGGGUGGUGUCGGUACAGGACUUGCGGUACACCCACCUGGCCUUCGGCUGCAUCCUCAGCGAGUUCUGGAUCCUCAGCAUCGCAUCUGCCUUUCAAAACAGGAAGGCCGCCAUAGUUAUGGUUGGUAUAGCUAACAUGGCACAGAAUAUUGCUCACACAGAGUAUCCAGUCAAUACCAUCAUCAUCCACGAGGAAUUUGAUAACCGUUCAAUGAGCAAUAACAUAGCCCUCCUGAGGACAGACUCGGCCAUGCAUUUCAACGACCUGGUCCAGUCCAUCUGCUUCCUGGACAGAAAGCUGCAUAAGCCGCCAGUCUUGCGGAACUGCUGGGUGUCAGGAUGGAAUCCCACAUCUGCAACAGGAAAUCACAUGACAAUGAGUAUCCUGAGGAGAAUCUCCGUGAAAGACAUUGACCUGUGUCCCUUACACCUACUCCAGAAAAGAUGCGGCAGUCACACACAACAGGAAACCGAAGCCGUCUGCUUGGGGGAACCAGGAAGUCCCAUGAUGUGCCAGCUACAGCAGUUGGACCUGUGGGUCCUGAGAGGAAUCUUGACCCAAGGUGGAGAUACAUGCCCAGGCCUCUUUAUGUACACCAGGGUGGAAGACUACAGCGACUGGAUCAUGUCCGAGACUCGCAGGACACCGCCCCUGUCCUCCCUCCGCCACUGGCAGGACUUUAUCCCUCAUCCCUAUUUCGAAGAGCAUGCUGCUGUGACACGGAAUUCAUAUUCUGAAGUGAGCCACACUGGAUGGUCCCAAACCACCUCCCAAGAACCAAGUAGUUCCGCUUCCACUGUGACUUCACAGAUGACCAACAGCACUAGAGAUGGGCUGGACUUCCGGGAAAAGGGUCUCCGGGAAUCAGGCAGAUCUUCGGAGGCGGCCCUUCAACCCAUGUACUAUGACUAUUACGGCGGGGAGGCUGGGGAGGGGGGGUCUUUUGCAGGUCAGAACAGGUUACAUCAGCCCCAAGAAAUUAUCUUGGUUUUCUUCGUGCUUGUUUUCUUUGGCAGCGGUGUCUAGUCUAAGGGGAGCUCACCCACCAAACGGAAGAGGAAGCUCAGGAUGCCAAGUGCUGGGUAUUCGCCAUGCUGCUGGGCUGUCUGUUUUUGAUAGCUGCACACCUGGGCUGCCGCAGAUGGCCCCACAGCACACACGGGGCUGGCUCUCCCUCCUCUGUCCCACUCCCACAUGCGGAAAGGUCACUUUCAUUUGUGCUUGUGAACUAAACGUGGGCUAACAAGUGUCAAACCGUUAGCGUGCCCUGUGGUUCUUUCAGUGACAACGGUUCCAGAGGCCAGGCGGUGAAGACCCCCCGUGGGCAGAUGUAGCCUGGGAGGUGAGGGUCAGCCUGGCUGGGGAGUUGGGGACACCAGUGAGAGGACCCCGUGACUAGAAAAGAGCUGAGUGCUUUAAUGGAUCAUUUCUCGGUCAGCGAGCUGUGGCCUACCCCUGGCUAUUUCCCAGGGGAGCAAAUUGCUUGCAACUGCUCAUUGCUUGUCUUCAUCUUAUCCCAAGCCUUGCGAUAGCCU